AUGUAUAUCCUCGCCUUCCUCCUCGUCUCGUGUGUCCUCGCACAACGGCCCAGCCAAGCCGCCUCAACGGGGAUUGGAGCACCCAAAUCCGAUACGCAGACACUCACGACCACGGUCACCGUCACCCAGGUUGUGAUGGCUUCCUUGUCGAGCGAGAGCUCAUCAAGCUCCGGAAUCUCAUUCGGGAGCCCGGAGCGUACGUCUUGCACGGGCAAGUUGACACCAGCUUUCGAGUCGCAGAGGGGCGAUAUCAUCGGCGGUGUGAUUGGCUCGGUCGUUGCAAUCCACCUCUUUGCCGCCGCUGUAUGGUUCUUCUUGUACCAGCGGCGGAAGGCUCGCCUUUCCAAGGCGCACAAGACUCAAGUCGAUAUCGAACUCAACACCCUGCCGAUCGAACCCCCUCCUGUCGUCCCCUCGGCAGGUCCAAGUGUUCCCGCCCGCAAGAUUGUGUUCAAGCCCUUCCCCCCCAAGAGCAGCGGGUCGCACACCAUCAGCUCGUCAAGUACACUCGUAGCCCCGCCCAAGUCGCGGAGAAUUCCCCGUGCGGACGUCGAGUAG